CCAACCCUCUUCUUCUUUGUUGUCGCCGCCGACCGCAACCUCUCACUGGUAAGCCAAAUUGCCCAACUCAAUGCUUACUGCCUCCCUCACACACACUCCGAAUUUUUGCUUUCUUUCUUUUUUUUCUUCUUCCCCCACUGGAUGCCAUCUUUUUUCUCAAUUAUAUGCUCCUGUUUGUUCCUGUAUUCAAUUUGGGGUUUCUUGCUUGCUUGCUUGUGGAGAUUCCGGACUGUGUCUAGAGAUCUUUCUAUACGGGCAUUUUUGUUAUUAUUAUGAAAGAUUGAGCUAAAAUGGUUGUUUGGGUGCCCGAAAAAACUAGGGGAAUUGAAUUUCACUUUCGAGUUUAUUUAUGUUGUUUGUUUGUGGAUAGGUCCUGAUUGGAGUUUUUAGUGAUUACAUCUGUUUCUGGUUUUCCUUUUUGUAUGGGCUGUGUUGUAACUUCUGUUUCUCAGUAUUUUCUUUCCUUUAUAUAUUCUGCCCAAUGUGAGGAGCAGCUGUGAUUCAGUAUUGUUUAAUUGCCUUAGUUUUUUUCAGGUGUUGUUCGAUAAGGUAGAAAAUUGUGACGGUCUUUUUGUUGCGUUGAUUGGUUUCGCUUCCCCCCUUUCCCGACAAAACAAAUACCCCAUCCAUUUAAAUGGUUUGCAGGGAAAAGUUCUUCCUGGCCUAACAAGAAAAUUUUGUUUCAAAAUUGCAUCUUGCAAGGAAUGAUUCGGAAUGAAUAAGAGGAGGGUUUAAACAAAGAAUCUCCCAUAUGGAAGGGAACUUAGACAAGAAAAACAAAGGCACAACAUCAAAUGAAUUGGGUGGUGGUGUUGCUGUUGAUGUGACCGGAUAUGCAAGAAACAGUGUCCCUGGAAUUCUUACAAAGGAAGAUCCAGAUGAGACAGAAUACUCAAGCUCAUUUGCCGACUCAACAUCUUUGAACGGUAACAUUUCUGGCCCAAGUGAUGCUGAAGCUGAUUCCCGUUUCGGCAAUGAGAGCGACUUUGGUUCUCCUUUUGAUGGGUUUGGAUGUCUCUUCCCAGUGAGGAAGAAAAGGUUGACCAGUCACUGGAGAAACUUUAUAAGUCCUCUAAUGUGGCGAUGCAAGUGGGUAGAAGUGAAACUAAGAGAAUUUAAGUCACAGGCAAAAAAAUAUGACAGGGUGAUGUCUAUAUAUGAUCGGGGGAAACAUAAGGUGUUAGAUGAAAUCCUGCUACAAGAUUCUGGAUCAAAAGCAAUACCAUACAUUCAUCAAAGCGAGAAAAAGAAGGCCAUGAAGAGGAGGAAAAGAAAAAGAGCCGAAGGAACUGAUGUAUCAUCGUAUAUGUCAAACCAUAAGCUUUUUUCUUACUUUGAAAACAAGAAAUCUGACCCAGACGGGGCUUCUGCAGGGGAUGAUUUGAGUGUAGUGUUGGUAGAACAGAAUGGCAGUGCCCAUGAAGAGUUGGUCAGUGAUGAUUUGUCAAUUCUUAAAGGCAAUGAAGAUCUACCAGAACAGGUCCUAAGGAAAAUUGAACAGCUCUACACACGGGUUCAUAAGCUGACUGCUGAACUUGAUUCGAUGAUGGAAAAGAAUUCUUUGAAGUUCUCUUCCUCUGAGAAUCUGAGCAACCUGUGUGGUGGUGGGUUUUAUGAGGCGCAGGACAGCUCUGUCCGUAACACUACAACUUUCUCUGCUUGCAAUGGGGAGACAAUGUCUGUAGGAUGUCUAUACACGCCGCAGGUUCAACAUAUAUCUGUCAAUGAAUUUGGAGGAGAUUCCAUCAUGCAUGAUAGUGCUAUUUCGAGCUUUGGAGACGCUAAUGAUAAUCCUCCAGAUAUUGUAGAAAGUAGCACUGGAUUUUUGUCUUUUGUUGAUGCUUCCCAGCAUCAUCACGGUCAGGUCGGAGAUUCCAGCGAAAAAAUUGUGGAUAACAUCCUCGUGCAAAACGAAGCAUCUGAAGUAGAAGAAGGGUCUCUUUUGAUGAAGAUAAAUCAUGAACCAUCAUCAUCCAUGGAGAAAAAUAUUGCAGCAGAGAGCGCCAAUCCGGUUACUGUCUCAGUACCACAACCGAGUAUAGCCUGUGGCACUUCCCAGGACCAACCGACUUUGAGGCCGUUUGUGGGCCCCGAAGUCCCUUUUCCUACUACCACCAGUAAAAGAAAGCGUGGGGAACGCAAAGCUGGUGGCACUGGUUGGAACUGGCAAAAUCCAGAACCUGACAGCUAGUAAAAAGGCAGAGACUCUUAUUAAAUGGCACUUGAAAAAUGAAAGGGUAUACCAAAUCAUGCAUGCUUUUAUCUUGUAAGGUUUAAAUUAAGAAAUUCCGUUAAACCAAAGAUUUCUCAUGGGCCGUGAGCAAUUUUCCUCCAUUCAUCAUCGAUCUAAUAGCCGCGAACUAAAGACUAAACUUUCUUUACUCUUUUUGCUGGUGGAACAUCUUAACUUAUGGUUGACUGUAGGUGAAGACUGUGGCUCUGAUGAUAUGCCAAGGAAAGAAUGCGAUGAUUAUCUUAGCUUCUGCAAAAACCGGAAUCUUUAUUUUCGGGUUGUAUUGUUUUUUUUAAAUCUGCUGAUGAUACAAGUUUAUUGUUCUGUUAAUUUAUCAAGACAGAUUUGUAUUUUCUAUAUCUGGUAUAGGUAUGAUCUCCUUAAACAUUGGCAUUUGCUUCAUAAAUGCUUUGAGUGUUAAAUAUACUUUUUGAUCCCCA